AUGAACUAUACGCUUGUUGAGAAAAUAUGCUUAGCAUUACUUUAUGCGAUAAAGAAGCUAAGGCAUUAUUUUGAAGCAUACACCAUCAAACUAAUCUCUCGAGCAGAUCCCAUGAAGUUUGUGAUGACUCGAUCUGUUCUUUUUGGACACCUAACAAGAUGGUCCAUAUUGUUCAACCAAUAUGAGAUCACAUACACACCUCAAAAAGCUGUGAAAGGACAAGAACUAGCAAAUUUUCUGGCUGAUCACCCUCUUCCGACAGAAUGGGAGCUUUCAGAUGAGUUUCCAGAUAAAGACGUUUUGUUCAUCGAAGAGUUUCCACCAUGGAAAAUGUUCUUUAAUGGAUCUGCACGUCGCAACAGUACGGGGGCAGGUGUUGGGUUGAUCUCUCUAGAAAGGCAAGUCUUGCCAUUAUCUUUUGUUUUAGAUGAAACAUGCUCCAUCAAUGCUGCAGAGUACCAAGCUUUGAUCUUCUGUCUCGAAAUGGCAAUAGAAAUAAAGAUUCUACAGUUGGAGAUCUACAGCGACUCUAAGCUGAUCAUCAACCAACUUUUGGGGAGUUACGAGGUAAAGAAGGAAGAUCUAUUGCCAUACCAUCAAUACGCUUCUAGUUUACUUGAAAAAUUUGACCAAGUGUUCUUAAACCACUUCCCAAGAGAAGAAAAUUGCAAGGCUGAUGCUUUGGCUAACUUGGCCACGACGAAGGCACUUGGAGAGAAUGAGUCAACAAAGAUCCGCGACAAAGAACAGACAUCAAACAAAGAGCACCACGAUUCAUCUUCUACAAGGGGACUUUAUUUUGCCGCUCUUUUGAAGGACUAUUCUUGCGAUGUCUUGACAAAGAAUAAGCCGGCCAAGCGAUGGAGGAAGCACAUUCUGGCUCAUGUGGAGCACACCAAUCUGGUCCCAAGCUCCAUUUUCGCAUCAAGAGGAUAG